CACUCACUCACUCGCUCGCUCGCUCGCUCGCUCCAUCAAUCAAUCAGUCCAUGGCAAAUGGGGGGCUGUGCCGCAAGCCUCCAUGCAAACCACCCUAGCAGUCGUAGCGCCAACGCGAACAAACACGAGGCUCAGCUGCACCGUCUCGGGCGCCAUGUUGUCCAGCUUGCCCUCGCGCCCACAGGAACCUCCCACAACGCCUUGUUGUUGUGGUUGUUGUCGACUUUGUAUCUUGACUCUUCUGUCCUUGGGCGCCGCCGUCGCCGCCCCAAGAGAACCUUGCAAGUCGACGCCUCCCACGGCAUGGCGGCCAGGAGGGGGGAUGGGAUGCCCUGCUCGUCUGCCUGCCCUGCCCUGCCCUGCCGGCCGGCCAGCCUGCAGGAUGGAUGCAUGCUUCGUACAUGUAGCCGGGCGCGCAUGCUGUCAUGGCUCCGUGCCAUGGCCUCUCAGCCUCCGCUCCGUCUCCUCGUCUGCCGACCAUACCACGCCAUGAGGACACAAUCGUUGACCUCGUGUCGCGAGACCGAUGACGACCACAGACACCAUGACAGACCCAUUUGACGACGCCAACAUCUCUCGCAAGCCGACGGACUGGCCGGCGCCCAACGCCGCGGUCAACGGUUCCUCGGCAACCCCCGGCGAGUACGUCGACUACUUCGACGACCCCUUCGCCGUGCUGGAGCAGCUCCAGAACCGCUGGAGGAGCAAGGACCGCCGCGGCGAGACGGCCUGGUCCGCAGAGAACCUCCCAGACGUCGACCUGACGGACGUGGACUGGCACCGGUACGAGCCGCCGGCCUCUCUCAGCAAGACACCCAACGUCACAUGCCAGAUACUGCUCGACAUCGUCGCGUCUUCCAUCGACGUCGUCAGGGAGCGAAAUGCCAGCGAGGACCGCCAGAGACAAGACGAUGAAGACCGGCGCAAGGUGGCCGAGGAGGAAGCCGCUCACCGGGCUCGACACGGCAGCGACUACUCGGAGCCAUAUCUCCCCAUCAUCAUACGCCCAGAGCAUCCUGCGCUGCAGACGACCGUCGCCCACACGCGCUCGGUCGACUCUGCCAUCGGGAUGCCGCCGCCGCCGCCAUCAUCAUCACCGCCGCCAGCACCGCUGCGGAGAGCCCCGUCUGUCGCGUCGGCCGCCUUCGCAGCCAAGGUCGAGAAGCGUCGCGGGUUCGCCCUGAAGCGGCUGUUCCACCGCAAGGCCGGAGACGGGGAGAGCAGCGCGGGCGGCGGCGCGCGGGAGGCGCUGCGGCAGCAGCUCGAGGCCGCGCUCGGCCGUCUCGACGUCGCGUCCACCGACUCGCACACGCAGAGGACGCUCCAGAAGCUGCGCAAGUCUGGCUUCUACGACGGGCUCGGCGUGGCCGCAGAGGUCGAAUGCGUUUCAUGCCUCGACGACGUGCCCCAACGGGACUGCGUCAAGCUCGUCUGCCACAGCUACUGCCGCGAGUGCUUCGUCCGUCUCAUCACCGCCGCGGUGCAGAACGAGCAACAGUGGCCGCCAAAGUGCUGCCUGAACCAGAUUCCGUUCCGCACGGUCCUCAAGCACAUCCCCGACGGCCUGAAGAAGACGUUUCAGCAGAGGGCGUCAGAGUGGGAGGUCCCCGUGAGCGAGCGCGUGUACUGCCACCGCCCAGACUGCGCGCUCUGGGUCCAGCCGCGCAACAUCACCAUGGCGAAGCGCCAGGGCCGCUGCGAGCGAGGACACCUGACGUGCACAACCUGUCGGGGACGGCACCACGGGACGGGAGAGUGCCCCGAGGAUCGCGACAUGGACUUGACAAACGUGCUGGCCGAGGAGGAGGGGUGGAAGCGGUGCUCGAGCUGCAACGCCCUCGUCGAGCACAGGGAGGCGUGCCAGCACAUGACGUGCCGGUGCGGCCACCAGUUCUGCUACGUCUGCGGGCAGCGCUGGAGGACGUGCUCGUGCACCAUGGACGCGCUGCACGCACUCAAGGGGGCCGCCCAGGAGCGCCGGGAACAUCGCCUGUUUAGGGAGCAGACCGAGGCGGCGGAGCUGCGGCAGAUCCUCGCGCAAAUCGAAAUGUUUGAGCAGGAGCAGGCCAGGAGGGCCGAGCUGGAGAGGCAGGAGCAGGCGCGGCUGGCCGAGGAGCGCUGGCAGAGGCAAAUCAAGGAGCGCAUCCGCCAAGAGACGGUGCGUCGAAGGGAGGUCGAGCUCAAGUACGAGGAAGCGCGACACGGGCUAGACGAACUCCACGAGCUUCAGCGAGUCAUGGCGAACACGCAACAGGAGGAGGAAGCGCGGGAUCUGGUCAAGGACAGCGAGGCGAAGCGGGCGGAGCUCGACAUACAGCAACAAGAGCAGCGCGCAAGCGUCGAGACACUCGUGCAGUCGCGGAUGGCGGCCAAGGAGAAGGCGUUCGCGCGCGAGUACGCACUGCGCGCGGCACAGGAGCGCAAGAUGGAGGGCGAGUACGAGGAGCAACUGCAGGCGUUCUGGAUCGGCAAGCCCGACGCGGCGGCCAAGGUGGAGGCGGCGAUGCGGCCGCUGCGGCGGCGCAUGGACAAGGGCCUGCGGCUGUGGCAGCAGUGGCGGGACGAGGAGCUGGCGCAGUACAGGACGCGGCUCGAGGACGAGCGGACGAUCCGCGAGGAGCUCAUGUACAGCGCGCGGCACCGGCUCGCGGCGCGGCUCGAGGACGUCGGGGAAGAAGCGAGGCGGCGGGCGGCGGCAGAGCGCAAGUGGCUGCGUGAGGUGGUGCUGGAGCGGGAGCGGAUGCUCGGGGCGCGCGAGGUAGAGGAGAUGGAGGGCGAUGCCGACAGCCUGUUUGCGUUGGACGAGGAGGCGCCCGAGGGCGGUGUUGGUGCUGCUGCCGCGUCAGGGUCCGGGUCAUGAUGAUGGACGGGACAUGAUGGCGAGGAG